AUGUCUUCCUCUCACCACUCUCCGUACGACACUCUCGAAACAGCCCAUUCAACUCCGAGCCAUGAUCCUCAAUCUCAGAAGCGCAAGCAUUCAACUUCAGGCCGCGAAUAUGGCCUAAUGCGCGACACAGGCGAGCAUGAUGCUGCUCGCUUUGUAGGAAGCGGUAGUGGGAUCCACUAUAUCCGCGCUGUACACUUGCGAUUAGCAAAGAGAUCUGCGUCACGAACAGAACCGGGGUCCAUUAAUACGCUUAUCCCUGGAGAAGAUGACCAGCUGAGGCAAGACGGUUCAAAAAAGAACAGCCAAGACCAGUAUCUGUGGAAGGAUGAUGAGGUUUGCACUGAUGACACUGCGAGGCCAACUUUCGAGGAUUUUGUGGAGUGGUCGAAGAGUUAUUUUGAGGCAUGGCACCCUGUUCUUCCUUUCCUUCAUGGGCCUGAGGUUCUAGGCCUGUUCGAGGAAGCUUCAAAAACUGGAAUCUCCUCUUUGAGCUAUACCAACAAAGUCAUCGUCAAGUCCGUUUUAUCCAUCUCGCUGGCGGAUAGCCGACAGUCAAUUGCGUUUACAAAGCCCAUACCGAAGCGAUUCCUUUUCAAUAGCGUCGACGAUGCGUUAGCAAGUUCUCAAUUCGCUCUGAGCCAACCUGCGUCAUUGCGGUCAACUCAAGCAGCUUUGGCUGUUCAGUUGUUCCUGACUUCUAUGCUUUGUCUAAACGCUGCAUCCAGAUUGGGUGGACUCAUUGUUCGCGCUGCAUUCCAACUAGGCCUACAUCGAUGUCCAGCACGAUAUCCGUUCUUCACAACGCAAGAUGCUUCGGCUCGUCGACGAGUAUUCUGGUGUAUAUACAUCUUGGAAAGACUACUUUGUCAGUCUCUCGGUCUGCCGCUCGAUAUCCACGACGAUGACCUUGAUGUCUGCUAUCCUGGCGAAGAGCGUCAUACACUCACAAGCCGAGACGAAAACUCCGAAAGACUGCAACUUUUAACGUUUGUGACGAAACAUGCCCGGAUACGCGGUCUUAUCCUAGAGCUUAGGAAUAAAUCCAUGCUCCAGCGACAAGACACAGCAGAUCGAGCAGCUUUCGUACAAGCGGAGUUAGCGAAGUGGUUCAAUGAAAUUCAAGACGCAGUCGAAGAAGAUGAUCUUGCCGACACAGGUUCAACCACGCCUACAAUAUCGGAGCAUCACAAGAUCAUGCUUCUGGUUCUAAAGCACGAAUCGGCAAUUUGUCUGAACAGACCAGGCUUGGCUUCGGAUCACCCUUCUCCUUCAUACUCGUCUGCGUUCCAGGCUUGUAUCUCCGCUGCAAAAUCCAUAUUAAUAAUCCUGAAGAAGCACCAAAAUCGCCACAAGCUACAGGCUGAGUCUGAUGGCUCAAGGUCACAAACACCAUUACUGUGGCCGUCUUUCACUUGGUCUAUCUGGAUUAGUGCAUUUGUUCUUAUCCACGCUGCUUUCGAAAAGCAAGUGCCUCUUGAUAGCGCCUUAAGGCAUGUUGUGGCAGCCAAGAGUAUUCUCGGCCAUCUAGCAGCUCGAGAUACCUCAUGGCCAGAGUACUGCCUCGGCGCCAUUGACGAACUAACAUCUACAGUCCAAGAGCUUUCCCAAGACCGACCUCCUCUGAUUGAGUCACCUGCAGAUGCUUCUAUCACUACAAGAACCUUUUCACCUGGCGUUUCACAUCAACAAGCGGGUGAAAACGCCACGCCAUCAAGACCCCCUAGAACACUCAAUCAUUCCGCUACAGCCAGUUCGGGGCCAGGUGUCGAGACUAGAAACAGUCAAUUGUCUGCCGCACCCAACUCUUCCUUGAACAUUACAUCAUUCCCAGCGGAUUCUGCAUCUCCCAGAUCCCAGCAGCGCAAACGGCAACGAACAUUUCCUUCCACUACAGCUCUGUCCUAUGGGACGUCAUAUCUCCAACCAGAAGCUUCACAUGGCCCUCAUACGAAUGACUUCUUCACUACACCGAAUAUUUCGCUGCCUGUGGAAGGACAACCCUACCCAAGCUUAGACAAUAUGCCACUCGAGGGUCACGAGUCAAUGAUGUGGUACGAUCAGCUAUUUGCAAGUUCAUUCACCGCUAUCGACAAUCCUUUCCUCGUCAAUGCGGAGUUCGACGCUUCUGUUGAUCCAACAUGGAACUCUCUACGCUAG